AGCAACAGCUGACCAUGGUAUGAUAGCUUUGCAACGAAGGCCAACCAUGAGCAAUCAAGUACCUGCUAUUGCCAAGCCUGCACCUGUCUUCAAAGGAACUGCAGUUGUGGAUGGUUCAUUCAAGGAAAUUUCUUUGGAAGAUUAUGUAGGCAAAUACGUUGUGUUGUUCUUCUACCCUCUUGACUUCACCUUCGUCUGCCCUACAGAAAUAAUUGCCUUCUCUGAUAGAGUAGAAGAAUUCCGUAACAUUGGCUGUGAAGUGGUGGCUUGUUCAACAGAUUCCCAUUUCUCACAUCUUGCAUGGGUCAACACUCCUCGCAAAGAAGGUGGCUUGGGAGCAAUGAACAUUCCCCUCUUGGCUGAUAAAUCUCUGGAAAUUUCAAAGGCUUAUGGUGUUCUCAAAGAGGAUGAAGGAAUAGCAUUCCGUGGUCUAUUCAUUAUUGAUGGUCAUCAAAAUCUUCGUCAGGCAACAAUCAAUGAUUUACCCGUUGGACGUGAUGUAGAUGAGACUCUGCGUCUUGUGCAAGCAUUCCAGUUUGUCGAGGAACAUGGUGAAGUUUGCCCAGCUGGAUGGAAGCCUGGAGCUAAAACCAUGAAGGCUGAUCCUACUGGCAGCAAGGAAUACUUCCAGAGUGAGAAUUAAGAAAUGAAGAAGAAUGGACGUCUAGCUGCCUUAACAUACAUUAAUGAACUGUGAUUUUUUUCUCUUAAAAUACUAAGUCAUUUAUUUCUAGUUACCCUUAAUAUGUGAAGCUUUUGCAGCUUAGCAGUUGAACUCAGUGGAUGUAUAUUUUCAAUAUUAAUAUUUAUGUAUGUUAUAAAAUAGUACACAUGGUAAUACCUGUACUGUGUUAACUUUAGUACAGUACUUUAAUGUAUUUCUGGUAAUUAAAAUAAAGAUUUAAAAUA